AUGAAGGGCCAAAUCGUAGCAGAUUUUAUAGUGGAUCAUGCUAUGAUCAAACCUUCACUAAACAUGGUUGAAACAAACUCUUGGCGGUUAUAUUUCAAUGGGUCGAGCCACAAAGAUGGAAUAGGAAUCGGGGUGUUGAUAUUAUCCCCUCAAGACAUUCCGACAAGAUUCAAGUGUAGAAUCGACAAAAAGUGUUCCAACAAUGAACCUGAGUACGAGGCCCUAAUAACUGGUCUUCGAAUCCUGAAAGAAUUGGGAGCCAGUAGAAUAGAGGUGAGAGGAGAUUCAGAGUUGGUAAUUAAGCAAGUCACACGAGAAUACAAAUGCAUUAAAGAAAAUCUAUUGAAGUAUUUUGUGAUGACAACACAACUGUUGGAGCACUUCGAGAUCGCCGACAUUACGCAUGUGCCAAGAAAUGAGAACAAAGAAGCCAAAGAUCUAGCUCAGAUCGCCUCCGGGUAUAAGAUAUCGAAGUCGAGACUCUAG